AUGAAUGCCCCUCCAGCGCUCGGGUAUCCGCCCGGCGUGUCGCUGGCACCAGGCAGCCAGGUCUCGCCCACAGCAGCCAAUUUUGGCUCCAAUAAUCCUUUCCGAAACCGUGCUCUCUCGCCUUCCACUGUUCCUGGCUCAGCUACCAACGCUCAACCCGAACGUCCCCGAUCGACCAACCCAUUCUUAGACGACACUGACGCGCUAUCACCACAAUCGGCCCCUGGCUUGUCUACCGGAGCCACUAUGUUCUCUCCGACCGAAAGACCCGAUAUGACCAGCAACACCCGUGACCUUUUCGAGAACCUCUCUAUCAAGCCUACCGCUACAGUUUCAGCGGCCCCGGCUCCCUCGCCUUUCUCAUCCCAGUCCAAUAGCUCCCGUCCAGUUCCCGAGGCCAUUCCGCGGCAACCAUCAACCAGUCGCCCUCGUCCAUCGCGGGAGCGUCCAGCCCCAUCCGGGCGCCCUACAGAGUCCCGUUCGAAGGAUCCAUUCGAUAUAUUUGCCGACCCCAAGAGCUCCAGCUCAGGCACCCAGAAGAGUUCCCGUCGACCUCGCCGGAAUUCAGAGUCGUCUGUGAUGGAGCGGCCAUCGACCCUGUUUGAUGAUGAGGAUGAGAAACGCCGACGUGAACGGCGUCACCGUGAGCGUGAGCGUCAGCGUGAUGGAAAGCCCCGUUCUUCUCGCAAGGACCGCCGCCUGGAUAUUAUCGACAAGUUGGACGUGACAAGCAUCUAUGGCACCGGAAUGUUUCACCACGAUGGUCCCUUUGACGCAUGCAAUCCCCACCGCAACCGUAAGGGCGCGCGCACUGCGCCCAUGCAGGCUUUCCCCAAGAACUCAACGAACAUGGCUCUUGGUGGUUCUGGUCCGGUUAACCCAAACAUUGACCUAAAUCUCUUCCACGGCAGAAUGGAGGAGGGCUACAACGACUACAACUCUGGCCUCAACCGCAACCCUGAAACAGUUCAAAUUGAUGCUAAAACCACAUUGGAACCGAUCCACGGUGCCCAGACCAUGGGUCUGGGAACUAGCACCUUCCUUGAUGGCGCCCCGGCCAGCCGCUCGGCCAUUGCACGACGUGAGAGCGCGAAUGAAGCACAGUUUGCUCAGAAUGGCGGUCUGCAGCGAAAGAAGAGUUUGGCCCAACGUCUGCGUGGAAAGAGUGGCACCGGCCGUAUUGCACCCCCCGGUGGCCGAGUCGGUUCCCCCACAGAGCAAGGCCUGUCCCCACCACAGCUAGGCUCAAGCCACUCCGCAUCGUCGCGGGCCAACGAGCGGAACCCAUUCUUCCAAGAAGACCCAGACGAGGAGUGGGACAAGAAAGGAUCGCGGAUCGCAGAGGCGCGUCUGGAGGGUAACGGUCGUCUUCGCUCAUCAAGCAGCCCCAAGCAACCAACCGGACUGGAGCGCAAGACAACCAGUGACCGAGCCUAUGAAGACCAGCAGAAGUUGAAUGCAGGGGGCGGCGGAUUCCUGAACCGAAUGAAGAGUUUGCGCAAGCCGCGCCCGGAGCGCCGCACCAGCGAUUAA